ACCUACCUUGAAAACAACCCCCAUCCACACCGGGCCCCAACAUCUUUGACCAACAGUCAGCCGUCCAUGCCUAAUUGAAAAAUUCCGCGAUCACAGUUCGAAAUUUACGACCGCGCUCCAAUGACAAUCAACAUUUCGCCGCUUUUCGAUUUAUCCAAAGUGCAUUUUCCACGCCGCACCGAACUGCGCUUCUACGGAGCGCUACUUAAGCAUCGCCAACCGGAUCCACCCGUGUCAGUGCGGCAGCAAGUGUGUUCUUGGCCAGCGUUCAAUUUUUGCCCAAUCGCAAUUUUUCUCACCUCCAAAUUGAAUCCAGCUCAGUGAACGUGUCUGCGAGUGUGUGCAUAGUGUGUGAAUAAUACGCUCAACUACAGCAACUGUCGUGAAAAUUCCGUCUCCAAAGCUCCAGUCAACCGACAAAUCCACCUGGACCGGAAAAUGUCACUUUGGACGUCGUCACUGCCGUCGUUGUUCAUGGUGCUGGUGCUGACGAUCGUCGUGAUGCAGUCGGGAUGCAACGCUGCCACUGCUGCCGUUCAACGCGCAUCCCCGUCCCCGAGCCUGAGAUGUACCUCCACCAAAGAGCUGAAAGACAUCGUUGACACCAUCACCAGUGGACUCCACCGUCUAGAGGAAUCGAUACGCAACCUCACCAAGCCCUUAUCAGUGCUGCAAGGCCAGUAUCGAUCAUACUCGGCGCGCACGGCCCGUCAUGGUUGGCAAUCAGUUCAGCAACAAUGCGUCACCACCGAGUUCCUUCGUCGGGAUGCUCAAAAGCUACGAUCCCAGAUCCGUGGUUUCGACCAAGUCGUGAGAAAUCAGUUCAAACCGAAACUUGUCAUGCUUCAGAGUCCAUUGUUGCGUCUAUUGGCCCGAGAUGCCCCCACCCAGACCCAACUUGCUCAAAGUGCCAAAAUCUACAAACGGAUCCUGGAGUUGCUGCAGAAUAUGAUCGAAUGCCCGGUGAACAUACUGCAGUUUCUGGGAGAGGAUUCCACCGAAGGUGAAGACGAUGACACGCCAUCCGAACCUGUGUACUACCGAUAAUAGUUGACAUUUCCACGCUCAUGAAUUUCGGCUCAAGAAUCAACACUUGCUCAACUUGACCUCGACUUUCCAGCAGACAAAAAUCAAUAAACCGAGUCAUAUUCCCAACGUUCUGUGUGUGUUGUGUUUGUACAUGACUGCCAUAUUGCCUCUUCUGCUGCUGCCGUAGCCGUAUGGCCAAAACCUUGUUAUAAAUAAUUCAAUUUGUACUGUUUUCAGGAUCCUUCCAAGGAGGGCGAGAACAAGCGAAAAGCAACCACACCGACCCAGUCCGACAGCCAGUUUCGCCUUGCAUUUCGGAUGCUUAUCCCUCGUCAGCGGCAGGAUCUUUGAGUGGAAUUUGCAAAUUUCACCACUCCCAGCAAUAAAGAGGUUUCCCGUUGCUUCGCCACACGGGUUCACACUUUAAGAAUCGGAGUGUGUGACACUUUGCAAACCGAUUGAAGACUCAUAGCCGUUUAAACUCUGGUUCCGUUCGGUCGUUCGUGCUGAAUAAUUCAACAGGCUGUCGAUCAGACUGUCGUACAUUGUGGGGGGGGAAAAGAAAACGGAAAAUAUCGGUUUUUGUUACGAGCUUCGGUCGGUGUCCUGCACGCGUGACAUGGGUGUUGUCUGUGUUUAAAAAUUUAGAGCAAAUUUUGGCUAAAUUCUAAAUUCAAUUUUCGGCAAGCCGAACUGAAAAUGGUGGAAAGCUCGAUAAAUAUCUUAGCAAGAGUCGUAAAAAUGGACUCGAAAAAAAGUCCCAAACCAAAUCUGACAUUUAGUGGGUUCGGUAGUCUCAACGAUCAAAUGGUCGUGGGUUUAUUCUGAGAGCUUUCCAAGAAACUUUUAUGCGAUUUUCAAGUCAAGGGUUCCAAAGGCCUUCCUCUUUCCUUUCAAUAGAAACUGUUUGGUUACGGUGGCAAUUAAAACAAGUGCUUCACUUGUAAAUUUGAUAAGCGCUAGAUGAACUCUUGCCGCAAGAGGAAAAUCCUCUAUCAGGAUUCCUGAUGAGACAUUGUGUAGAAGCCAAAUAUGGAUCCCGAAGAAUCCCUACCAGGAUUAACUGGUUAAGACUAGGGUUCUGAUGCAUGGUCAAUAUCGGUGUCGUUGCACAAAGGGGUGCACCUUUGGAGGGUGCUCUCACUCUGCGAAGCGUAUAAUUAGCGGAACCUAUAAUUAAGAAUAUAUUUUAUUCAUACGCUCCAUGUUUGGCUCGUUGACUAAAUGGAUGUGAAAUAUUGUUGAACAUUAUUAAACAUCAAUUUCAAUUUCCGUUUAUAUUCCUGCUAGUCAAUUCCAAUGCAUCUAUUCGACUGGAAUGUAUGAAGAUUUGAUUUGAUUUGUUAUUGCAUAGCACUCACGCUUCCCAUGCCACCCAUGCCACCGCUUUGAUCUGAUUAUCGUCACACAGAGUUGUCAUUUAUGGGGGCUUGUCUUCCGCUCCAUCAACCUUGCAAAACGAUUUCGAUUCAUCGAACAAAUGAAUAAAUUCCAAAGAACGCCUGGAUUGCAUGCAUCGACUUUGUCUGCCUGCCAGCUCAUUCACAAUACCAAUACCGAUUCCUGCACCAGCUCGGUAUUGUCGUUGCGUUUGAAACCGAUUUCUCCCAGAUGAAAGCGACCCGAUUAAUUUCCAUACAUAGGAGCAAAAUUGUAUUGAAUUUCUUUCUUCUUUCCAGCAGAACCCGACGUCGACAAAGAUCACACAUUUCUUUUUCUCGGGAUUUAGAGAAACGAUUGAAAAUAGAAUUGACCGUUGAGCUGGAAGCGAGAUUCCAGCUCACAUUCAUCGUUUCAAUAAAUUUGCCCAAAGUGCUUCGGGGGCACGGGUUUCUUCCUUGAAUUGGUGUGCAGAACACAUUUUCCUCCUUGGCGGUUCCGUUUGAUUGUAUUGACAAUCCUGAAAACGGAUUUUCUUGCGGUUUCGUACGAACUGAAACCCCCAAUUCGGUUCGACUGCCAGAGCUGAAAGUCAAUUUGGGAUGGGAGUAUUCAGUGGACCCCUCCGGGUAAUGAUUAAAAUUUAGCAAAACGGUCCAAUCUGUGCAGAUCCGCGGAAACCUUUUUUUCCCCAGUAUUGGAAAAUCCGAUCCAUCAUGGCUCAAUUAGUGCGCUUCGAUUCCGCUGAAAAGUGCCGACACUAGGGAAUGGGGGCGAUGACGAUGGUGUUAGCUACCUAUUUACAAUCGCUUCCGACCUUCCAUCGUCCCGAAUGUAGAUCUGCGUGAAGCUCCAAUCGCAAUUCCGAUGGCACAGUACACAAGUUUCCCGGGGCAACCGGGAACCCCCCGCAUAAGCUUCUUAAUAAAUAUUGGACCUUUACGGAAUAAUGGGCUGGCGCUCUAUCUCUUCGUAUCUUGCCGGAGGAAAAUGAAAAAUAGUACCCGCCACCCGUAGGCGAGUAUCGAUUCGGAAAAGAAGGAAAUUAUUAUCGAUUACCCUCUGGUUGGGUGGCAGGCAGCAAUUGCAUUCUUGUAUACACAUUCACUUGUGUGGGAAUGGAGAGAUGAAAAUUGACGAGGAAUCCCGUUCAUUGUUACUGAGGGCCAUUCUUCUCCACACAGCCUCUUGUGAAGAAGAAGAAUGAUUGAUUGUGUACGUUGAUUUAUGCUUUCGAUGGACUCAGUUGGAAUUGUAGUUUGCAAACGGAUGUGGAUCGGAUUCAGUUUUUCGGAAUUUUGGACGGAAUAUUUUUUGACGUAGGCAACAUAUUUGGUGAGCAAUUUCAAACAAACCUAAUUCUACCGCGUUACGAAAAGUGAUCAGGUUUUGACAAAUUACACACAUGACCAACUGUUGCAAUGGUGAUAUAAAUUUUCACCGGUUUCCUGCCAAAAAUCGCUUUCCCUAACACAGAUUUCAAAAUCGAAUUCCAUCCGAUCUCGCCGGACGGUGUUUACUCAAUCACCGUGUGUGGUGGUGUCCGGUCAAUCAUCAUCAGCAGCAGCAGUAGAACAUUGUUCUACAGUACACAGCGAAAGGCUGCCCGCAAGCAGCGAGCUGCAGCCCACAUGAGCGUCCAUUUACUGGAGAAGGAGGAAGAAGCCGCACCGCUACUGAUCGGAUUCAGUUGCUUGUCGUGAGCCGUUGUGGGCCAUCUAUGCCAAGCGCGUCAUCCUCGUUCCAAACAACAUACAGCUCGCCAGCCUCAUCUGUGUAGAACACCCUUAUAGACCAGCAUUACUCAACCAUCACGACAAAGCGGUUCUUUUUAGUUGUUGUUUAAGAGUUGCUGCAAGCUACAAGCUUUGGGGGUAAGCUCUUACAUAAUGUACCCAGCAACCAAAGGUUUGAGGUCAAAUGCGUAACAGUAUUGACGAGGUACAUACAAAUGUAAUCGCAAUGACCGAAUACCACAUGACCUUGUCAAUUAACCAGAAACACUUCGAAUAAAGGUAAUGUUUUCUCCAGGAGCCUAAAAAAAAUCAAAAAAAAUCUCGAAUUUACAUGAUUGAUCGUCAAUAUCUCGCGAAUGGAAAAUUUU